AUGCGCUUCCAACUCAAACACCUCCUCCUGCUUACUUCGCUCCUUGGUCUCGCCGAAGCGGGCCGAAGCAGGCGUACGACCGACCCCGAGCUCAUCAUCCGAGAUGGGACGUGCCAGACCGAAAUCCCCUGCGAUGGGAACGACUACGUCUACUCCGCCGCUGCAGCGCCUUCGCCCGCCGGACCGGUGGCUGAGGAUACAGUCCAGCUUGAGGCGAGGAUGACCAAUGCGGAACGGCUCGCUCGGGGUCUCCCCCUCAACAAGCCCGCUCCGCGCCGUACCUCUCCGCACGUGGCCCGAGCGCAGUCAUCCCCUGCGCCCGUCGUCACCUAUACCGCCCGGAUCCGCAUCGAUCGCGCCGACGGGACAGGUACUUUGGGCUAUGUUGGAGCAGUCACCGGUGCCCAGGCGCUAUUGCAGACAUCGGCUGCCAAUGCGGUCGUAGUGUCGUUCUCGCUUCCUGUUGGCAGUACGUCUGGCUCGCAGAUCAAUCUCGCGGUGACGUCUCCCGUCGCAUUCCCCAAUAUCGGCCUGAUCCAGGGCCGGGACAGUACCAGCUCUGACCUGUCGACCGAUAGCUUCAACUACAUCUACAUCGGCGAGACAAGCACAACCGCUGCUGGCGCGCCUCCUGCGUCUGUCGGCAACGCUUAUACCUCUGCGACCAACAACCCUAGGACCGCCGAGAGUGCUGUGUGGAAUGUGGAUGUUACGACUUUCCGUCUGGUCCCCACUUGGAUCAACACCGAUGGUUCCGCUGCUCCUACCAACCUCUUCACACAGGGUGCAGGUCUUUACGCAAGCGGGAGUCAGGAAUUGUUCACGAACCGAUAUCCUGCCCAGACCAUCGCCGCGAAUUACUUUAUCGAGCUGAUCGUCUGA